GGGCAGAACAGUGCUGGAGUUGAAGCCCUUCUCCACAAAGGGAGCACAGAGCAGGUGGCGGGGGCCAUGGUGGACUCUGCUGCGCUUCCUUGCAUGGGUUGCUUCUCCUGGCAGUGGCUCCUGCUCACAGCCUCCCUUUUAACCUGUUGGCUGCCUCCUACUGUUGCCCAGCUCACCAUUGAAUCAGUGCCACCCAUUUCUGCUGAAGGUGAUAAUGUUCUUCUGCUUGUGCACAACCUUCCUGAGAAUGGUCAAGCCUUUUCCUGGUACACAGGAAUUAUGGUGCUCAAGAGCCGUGAAAUUGCGAGAUGUGCAAUAGCUACCAAUUCAUGUGUGCUGGGGCCUGCACACAGUGGUAGAGAGACAGCAUUCAAUAAUGGAUCUCUGCUGAUCAAGAAUGUCACCAGGAAGGACUCAGGAUACUACAUCCUACAGACACUUAAUACAAAUUCAAGAUCUGAAAUAACACGUGCGGAAUUUUUUGUACACACACCAAUUUUAGGCUUCAAGAAGCAUACUGCCCCUUCCAAACUCACAAUUGAGUUGGUGCCACCCAUGGUUGCUGAAGGAGACAAUGUUCUUUUACUGGCUCAUAAUCUGCCAGAAAAGCUCCAAGGCUUUGCUUGGCACAAAGGGGUACUUCCACUCGACCACUUAAAGAUAGCAAGCCAUGCAAUCCUCAUUAAUUCAAGCACGCUUGGGCAUGCAUAUCAUGGAAGAGCAACAAUACGUUCCAAUGGAUCCCUGCUACUCAAGAAUGUCACCCAGAAAGACACAGGAAUUUACACCCUACGGACCAUAUCUGCAGAUUUGAGAUCAGAAUGGGCCAUCAUGCACCUCCAAGUAAACAGGAAAAGGAUGGCAGCUCAGUCCAAGGAUGCCACCCUCAGCUCAGACUCUCUGGAUUCUCACCAUGUAUGUGGCCCUGAGAGAGGUGCGAUGGGACUUGAGCAGAAACAGGAUGAGGAGAGUGUGGAAUCCUGGCAGAGUGGUGAGAAGCAAGGAGCCCUGGCUCCAAAGUGAACUCCAGGUUCAUCUUAACUUCAAGAUCUGAAAGUUGGAUUUCAGAGAGUCAAAGACCAGCUGAGGCUAGUGAAAAUGGACUUUGAAGAAUCGAAGAUGGAAUUGGGAAUUCGCUUGUCUUUUUUGCCCUUUCCUCCAAAUUAGCCAUUCUAAAUAAAUAUCUUUCUACUUC